GGUUAGUGAUGCAACGUGUUUUCUACUAAUACUUGAAAGAAGAUACAUUCGGAGUAUAUUCGUUCAUUCUAGGAAGGGGCAUGUUUGUAAGGUGUCAAAGUGUGAUAAAUCUCUCUGCUGUUUGAAUCAGACAUAUAUCACAUGAGCAAAGUGAAAUAUCAAGGCAAUAAGAAAAUCAGUUUUGUCAUAUCUUUAAAAUAUCUUGACUCUGAAUCCAAGAUGAGAUUGUUAACUGAUGAGGGAAACUUCCAGACUCUAAAGCUGCUUGUUGCUGCAGACAUUGGUCAAGUGAACCUGGACAAACAACUCGUCAAUCAUGAUGAAAGAGUGAUACCCUACCUGACAGGUUCCAGGCUGCCAAUACUUGAGGUUUACCCCGGCAAGUUUUUGUUUUCCCCGAACUCUGCAGCCCGUCUGUUGCUAGCCUCAGUAAUCACUGAGGAAAAUGAGUCGGCUGUGGAUCAGUGGCUCGAUUGGGAGGCCGCUUGCCUCCUGCCGUCUGUCUUCCCUUACCUGAAUGCAUUGAACGGGCAUGGGAAAGUGGACGACAGUCUUGUACAGGAAGUGCGAAACCUCGUGGCGCACAUGGACAAGGAAUUGGCUGGCAAAAACACACUAUCAGGGAGCCAGUUGACAGUAGCUGAUGUCGCUGUUUGGUCAACCCUGUAUCCAGCAUUAUCGGGAAAAUUCGCUCUGAAAGACUGGGAAGUUUCAUUUACCAAUGUGAAGACUUGGUUCUCUGACCUGAGCAGUCGUUCCGAGUUUCAGAGGGCUGUAAAGGAAGUGUGCGCGGGAGACACCUCCCAGUUGAAGAGCUCCCUUGCAAGCCAGCCAGCGCCACUCAGGGUUCCAGAGGCAGUGAGCUCCAAACAACAGGUCCAGAAACAGACCAGCAAGCAGAAGGAAGACACUCAGGCUGCCCCUGAGAAAGUAGUUGCCAGUCCCGAAGAGGUCUCUUCAGCCACAGAGGCCUGGCUUACUGGCAUACAACACUGCACAAAGCCUAUGAAACGUGUUCAUCCAGUUCUUCCGGAGAAGGGUCGCAGGAACAUCCUAAUCACAAGUGCUCUCCCUUACGUGAACAAUGUGCCCCAUCUCGGCAACAUCAUCGGAUGUGUGCUCAGUGCUGACGUCUUCUCAAGAUACUGCCGACUACGUAACUACAACAGUGUGUAUAUCUGCGGCACAGAUGAAUAUGGGACCGCUACUGAGACAAAGGCCAUUGCCGAGGGUCUGACGCCCCAACAGAUCUGUGACAAAUACUCGGCCCUCCACAGAGAUAUCUACAAGUGGUUCAAUAUUGAUUUUGACUACUUCGGAAGGACAACCACUAGUCAACAAACAGAAAUUGCACAGGACAUUUUCUGGCAGUUACACAAGAAAGGCUUUAUCUCCCAAAACAGUGUCGAACAACUCCACUGUGAAAAAUGUGACAGGUUUCUUGCGGACCGAUUUGUGGAGGGCACCUGCCCAUUCUGUAGCUUUGAUGACGCACGUGGAGACCAGUGUGACGGGUGCGGCAAAUUGAUCAACGCUAUCGACCUCAUCCAACCCAAGUGUAAACUGUGUAGAAACCCGCCCAUUGUACGCUCCAGUGAACACCUCUUCCUAGACCUUCCCAAGGUUGAGCCCAAGUUACAAGAGCAUCUGGAUGCCGCAUUCAAGACUGGCACAUGGACAAACAACGCCAAGGUGAUCACCAACUCCUGGAUAAGGGAUGGCCUCAAACCCCGUUGCAUCAGUCGAGACCUCAAGUGGGGCACUCCUGUCCCCUUGGAAGGGUUCACUGAUAAGGUGUUCUAUGUGUGGUUUGAUGCCCCCAUUGGCUACAUCUCCAUCACGGCAAACUACACAGAGCACUGGCAACACUGGUGGAAAAAUCCAGACAACGUGCAGAUGUAUAACUUCCUGGGCAAAGACAACGUCCCCUUCCACAGUGUGAUAUUUCCAGCCACAUUGCUUGGAGCAGAUGACAAUUACACAGUGGUGAAGCACAUGUCUGCUACAGAGUACCUGAACUAUGAGGACGGGAAGUUCUCCAAAAGUCGGGAUACAGGUGUGUUUGGGGACCAGGCACGGGACACAGGGAUUCCAGCAGACAUCUACAGAUUUUACCUGCUCUAUGUGCGCCCAGAAACACAGGAUAGCAGUUUUAGUUGGGAUGAUUUCCUCCUGAAGAACAACAGUGAACUUCUUAACAACCUCGGAAACUUCAUCAACAGAGCAUUGAUGUUUGUGAGCAACAGUUUUGGAGGGACUAUACAGCCAAUGGACCUGAAUAGUGAUGACUAUAACCUCUUGGCACUUGUUAACAGGGAGCUACACACAUAUAUUGACAACAUGGAAACUACCAGGAUCCGAGACUCGAUCAGGAACAUUCUGAGCAUUUCUCGGCUGGGUAACCAGUUUAUGCAGGAAAACAAACCAUGGGUCCUUGUGAAGGGCACUGACACUGACAGGAAGCGUGCUGGCAGUGUUGUGAGUCUGGCAGCCAACUUGGCAUGUUUGUUGUCUGUGCUUCUCCAACCUUACAUGCCAGAGGUCUCAGCCACCAUACAGAGACAACUGAAUGUGCCAGAUACUUGUAAUGUGGUGUACCAGGACUUAGUAUGUCACCUGUCACCUGGACACAAAAUAGGACAGCCAUCUCCACUGUUCCAGAAGAUAGAAGCCAGUACAAUAGCAGAGCUGAAAAAGAGGUUUGCUGGCCAGGGACCUCCACCGUCGAAUAAACUUAAGGGUAGGAAGGGCGGAGAUGCUGCUCCAGGGUCAGCUGUCAGCCCAGAGGAUACUGAGAGAAUUCAGGCUGAAGUUACUAAACAGGCCAACAAAGUACGUGAAUUGAAGUCCAACAAAGCAGACAAAUUCACCAUAGAUGCUGAGGUAAAAGUCCUUCUAGACCUCAAGAAAAAGCUGACUGAGGCAACAGGGCAGACAGCAACUGCACCUGGGGGAGGUAAACAGAAGGGCAACAAGCAGGGAAAACAGCCAGCCUCUCAGGGGGAGAUGAAAGUAAUAGCCAACAGCAGGACUGUGGACAGUGCUGAGGUGGACAGGUUGACAGCACUCGUGGCAGAACAGGGCAAUAAAGUGAGAGAGGUAAAGACUAGCAAGGCAGACAAGAGUGUUGUGGACCGGGAGGUGGUCAUGCUACUGGACCUGAAGAAACAGUUGGCCUUGGCUCAGGGCAUGGAUCCAGAUGCAGCAGUGGGUGGAGGAAAGAAGAAAGGAAAGAAAAAAUGAUGAGAACUUUAACUCUUAGUUGUAAUGACUUGUUCUUCAUACAUCUAUUUGUAUGAAAUGAAAAUUACAAUCACCGUUUAAUGUGAACUAUUUAAAAAAAUAAAUAUUAUUUUGUGUAUUUCACACCUUGAGUUUUGUAUUUUAAUUGAGGAAGUCUUUAAUAUUAUUUUCACUUUGUUAAGUAAAAAAACUUGUACUAUAAUAAAUGAUAUUUAUUUCUCUCAUUUUACAUUUUUCUGGCUUAUUUUAACGAUAAUCUAAUAAAUUGGAUGACAAACCUG